GGGACGGCGCUGGGGCCGAGGGGACGAUGGAGAAUUUCACCGCGCUGUUUGGAACUCAGACUGACCCACCACCGCCUCCCACCGCGCUCGGCUUCGGACCAGGAAAGCCUCCACCCCCUCCUCCCCCUCCUCCGGGCGGGGGGCCCGGCACGGCCCCGCCCCCCACCGCGGUCACGGCCCCACCCGACAAGUCAGCGGCUGGCUGUGGUCCUUUCUACCUGAUGCGGGAGCUGCCAGGAAGCACAGAGCUGACAGGCAGCACCAAUCUGAUCACACACUACAACCUGGAACAUGCCUACCACAGAUUCUGUGGGAAGAAGAUGAAGGAGAAGCUGAGUAACUUCCUGCCUGACCUGCCAGGGAUGAUUGACCUGCCUGGUUCCCAUGACAACAGCAGCCUCCGCUCCCUCAUUGAGAAGCCCCCUAUUCUUGGUGGCUCUUUUAAUCCGAUCACAGGGACCAUGCUGGCUGGCUUCCGCCUCCACACUGGCCCGUUGCCAGAGCAGUGUCGUCUGAUGCACAUUCAGCCUCCCAAGAAGAAGAAUAAGCAAAAGCACAAACAGAGCCGUACCCAGGAUCCCGUUCCCCCAGAAACACCCUCUGAUUCGGAUCAUAAGAAAAAGAAAAAGAAAAAAGAGGAGGAUCCGGAACGGAAAAGGAAGAAGAAAGAGAAGAAGAAAAAGAAGAACCGACACAGUCCAGACCACCCAGGGAUGGGCAGCUCUCAGGCCAGCAGCAGUAGCAGCCUCCGCUAAUGGGACUCCUGGGCUGUCCCCAAAGGACUUUCCUGCUGCACUGAACCUGCUGAUGAAAGUGGCCUUCCCGGCCCUUGGACACCAUCUUGGGAACACCUGCAGCUGGGUCAGAGCAGCUCCUGCUAUGCUCAGGACUAAGGCACUGAGAGAAGGACCAUGUUUUUUGUAAGGUCCAGCCCAGUUGGCUCUCUCACGGACAUCUCUUUCUCUCCCAGGAAAUUCUCUUUUCUUUUGUGCAAUUUGUCUAACUUAGGACUUCAUCUGUUAGGGCUUUUCUUU